AAUUCAUUAAGACCCUAUCUCUAAAUAAAAUAUAAAAUAGGGCUGGGGAUGUGGCUCAAUGGUCAAGUGCCCCUGAGUUCAAACCCCCUAAAAAGAAGAGAAUCAAUCUUUACACAUUUUAAACAGCAGCACAAAGUAGCCUUUCCCUCCCACAGCAGUGAGUGAAGAUUCAAGUCACGUUGCUGGGGUUCCCUUCAUUCCCUUCUCCCUGUGGGCCUCCCCUCUCAGGGUAGAAGGGGCUGUCUCUCCGGGGAGUACCCCACACUCAUUGGAUGCACACGGUACAGGGUGGGCAGACAUUUGACUGCACCUGUUGACCGUGAGGACGAGGCUCCCUGCCCAGAGGAGACACUCCUGGGCACACAGCCUUCACAGCUGCCCUUUCUAUUUACAGAUUGGCUCCAGUUCCAAAUAACAAUGAGAUGGCAUCAGUCUUAGGGGCCACCAACAUUGUGGUGGGUCUCAGGGAGGAUGUGGGGUUGGAGCUAGGUCUCUUCGGGCCCUGGAAAAGACAGCGCCAGCGGCCAUGGAGAGGAUUCAUAGACUGGGGCUGGGAGGAAGGAAAGUUGCAGGGGUGCUGAGGUGGGGUGCUGAGGCAGCUGGGAGGCUGGGCAGGUGAGAGGUGUGAAAGAUGAAAAUAGAGACGAGGGGGGUGGCAGGAAUGUCACAUGGUGGGAAAAGAAGCAGGGGAGUGAGACAGGUGGGAUGGAUCCGGAGGUGAGGAGGGCAUUGAUGAGAGUCCCAGAGACCUUAACGUUCAAGGGAUCUUUGUGUGGCCAUUGCUCCUGUGGGCAGCAGCCUUCGGCUUCUGGGGGCCUCCAGCCGGCGGGCGCGGGGAUGUCCCUCUGAAUGCAUAGUGGAGGUUUCCCUGUCUGAGUCCCGCCCUCCUGCCCAUCUGGGUCAGGCGGCCUUCUCACCUGGCUCCUUCUUGUGUCCGAGGCUGCUCCUGCAUUUCUCUGACUACAUCACAGCCAUCCUCACCGGGCCCCCUUGAGAUGCUUGGCUCCGAGUUUAGACCUGCAAGAUCUCCCAAGUAAGGAUACAGGAUGCCUAGUUAAAUUUUGAAUUUGAGAUAGACAGCAGAUAAUUUUUUUAGUAUAAUGGAUCCUCUGUAAUGUUUGGGACACACUAGGAUAUUGCUCAUUAUUUAUCUGAAAUUUGAAUUUCACUGGAUGGCCUGUGUUGGAUCUGGCAACCCUGCUGAGCUCCCUGAGGUUUCAUGGUGUGGGGCCUGCCUGGUAGCCUCUAGCUUGUGGGUUGGCCCUGGGUGCCUACAAAAAAAUGGAAAGGUGCCUCUGUGGUGCUCUGAAAUCCAUGAAGGGGCACUUGCGGCAUCCAUGGUCUUCACCAUCUGCCCCCCACUGAACUUUCUCCCCAUUUUCCACUUAUUCCUCAAGAGAAGCCGUCUCUUCUGACCUGGCUAGUCUCCUCAUCCCUUGUCCCAUGCUCUUGGGCCAUAUGGAGGUCCACAUCAACCACCCCCCUGUCCAAAACAACCUCCUUGCCUUCCUCCAUCACCUGUCAAAAUCCUCCUCUCUCUCUUUCUGGGAUUAGCUUCCCAAGACUGGGGACCAAACCCCAGACUCUGUAUCCCACACAGAGCCGAGGACCAGCCUGCCAUUACCAAAGUGUUAGAAAAUAUCUAGGAAGGCUUGAGUGAGCCCAGUUUCUUGAAGAGCGCUGGGCCCUGUCCUUCAAGCUUUUCCUGGAUGGAUUGUGAGGAAGAACUCUCCACCUGGAAGCAUUCGCAACGUUCCUUCAAAGAGAAGGGAGAACCUCAAAGCAAGCUGCCUUCCCAGCCCAGUGAUACCCUCGGGAUCUUCAGGAAGUGGGCAUUGGCCCCCUUGCGGCAGGCUGCAGCAGAUUUGCUCUCUCUGGAUGGGAAGGACAGGGGGUGACGGGCCAUCAGAUACUUUACCACCAUCAUCAUCAUCAUCACCACCACCACCACCACCACCACCACCACCACCACCACCACGCCAUUUCAGCUACAUUGCGUUUAACAGGUCUAACUGGCUGAAGCCAUGCUGUGGGAAGAGAGCAGCCGUAUGGCAGGUAUUUUUGCUCAGUGCAAGUCUCAACAGUUUCCUGGUAGCCUGUGUAAUAUUGGUGGUGAUUCUCCUGACUCUGGAACUUCUAAUAGAUAUAAAGCUUCUCCAGUUUUCCAGUGCAUUCCAGUUUGCCAGCGUCAUCCACUGGAUCAGUCUGGUCAUUCUGUCUGUGUUCUUCUCAGAGACUGUUCUACGGAUCGUGGUCCUGGGGAUCUGGGAUUACAUCGAAAACAAAAUAGAGGUGUUUGACGGGGCUGUGAUCAUCCUGUCCUUGGCCCCGAUGGUGGCGUCUACCGUGGCCAAUGGGCCCAGGAGCCCCUGGGAUGCCAUCAGCCUCAUCAUCAUGCUCCGGAUCUGGCGUGUGAAGAGGGUCAUUGACGCAUACGUCCUGCCAGUGAAGGUGGAGAUGGAGAUGGUCAUCCAGCAGUAUGAGAAGGCCAAGGUCACCCAAGACGAGCAGCUGGAGAGACUGACGCAGAUCUGUCAGGAGCAAGGGGCACACCCAGCCCAGCCCUUCUGCCUCUUGCAGUUUGAGAUUCGGCAACUGCGGGCACACCUGGCGCAGCAGGACCUGGAUCUGGCGGCGGAGCGGGAGGCUGCGCUGCAGGCUCCGCACGUGCUCAGCCAGCCCCGGAGUCGUUACAAGGUGGUGGAGGCCGGCACGUGGGACGAGGAGACAGCUGCGGAGAGCGUCGUGGAGGAGCUGCGGCCCUCGCAAGAAGCCGCUGUGAAGGACGACAUGAACAGCUACAUCAGUCAGUACUACAACGGGCCCAGCAGCGACAGCGGGGUCCCAGAACCAGCUGUGUGUGUGGUCACCACGGCGGCCAUCGACAUCCACCAGCCCAACAUCUCCUCAGACCUCUUCUCAGUUGAUGUGCCCUUGAAGCUCGGUGGCAACGGCACCUGCGCCAGUGCCACCUCGGAGGGUGCCACCCACAGCUCAGUCACCUGGGCCCAGAGCGACAGCAGCCAGACCCUGGGCUCCUCCACAGACUGCAGCACCGCCCGAGAAGAGCCAUCCUCUGAGCCCGGCCCCUCUUCCCUGCCACUGCCGCCCCCACCCCAGCCGCAGAUGGCAGAGGCCACGGUGCGGGACCUGCUGUCCUCCCUGUCAGAGGACCCCUGCCCGUCCCAGAGGGCCUUGGACCCAGCCCCCCUGGCCCGGCCUAGCCCAGCCGGCUCGGCCCACGCCAGCCCUGAGCUGGAGCACAGGGUAAGUCUGUUCAACCAGAAGAACCAGGAGGGCUUCACUGUCUUUCAGAUCAAGCCUGUCAUCCACUUCCAGCCCGCCGCCGCCGUGCUGGAGGAGAAGUUCAGAUCUUUGGAAUCCAAAGAGCAAAAGUUGCACAGGGUCCCUGAGGCCUAGAGCCUGCAAGUUCACUGGGGGAGGAGGGGAGACAGCCAUCUUGAAGCUCUCUCGGGACCCAGGAGGCCACCGAAGGCCACACAGGGGCCCAGGAUCCUGCCUGGCCUCCCUCAGGGUGCUGCCUGCCUCCAGGGAGGUGAUGCCAGACCAGGAGGCCACGUGCCUCAGACCUCAAAGCCCAGAGCUGGCGCCUCCUCUUGCCCUGCUCAGGGGAGGGUGGUGCUCAUGGCUGGGGUUUUGUUUUUGUUUAUGGUUUUUUGUUUUUUUUUUUUAACCAUUUUUACAAAAACCAGCCUGUGGCCCAGUUUCAGCAGGGUAGAGUACGGGGGCCAGCUCAGCCUCUUCCGUUGCCUUCGUUCCUGAUGCCCACCCUGGACCCUCGGGAACAGCACUGUGAGCAGGGGCUGCAGCCCCACCCCAAGCCGUCUUUUCCAGGAAUCCUGGGUGGAGCCGACACAGACCACCAUCUGAGCCUAUUUCAUUUGUCCUCAUUUCUCAUUCCGGCAUGAGCAUUUCUGAGUUCUUCAAGACAAAUCUAGUUUUCACCUUCACACAAUGUGACGGACAGAUCUGGAGGGUGGGGGGCUGGGGAGGGGCCACAGCCAUUUUCUGACCUUGGCUUUAAUAAUAAAAACCAGCUGCACUGAGA